AUGGCUGUCGCAGCCCUUCAUGCCAUGCAUGUCUCAGUUGGCUCGCCAAUCAUGCUGUCUCAUGCUGUGCAAGCAAACAGCAUUCAUGUUAACGAGAAACAGCUAGAUGUGUUCCAGUCACAACUACUGCAUCAUUGUAUAACUCUUAAACAAAAAGCUCUCAAGUUUCUUUCAAUAGCUCUACAAAACCCCCAUCAGCACAACGAGCUGCAGACAUUUGGUACUGCAGUUGUUCUCACUCUCUUAGAGUGCUUUGAAACAGGCGCAGGGUCAUGGGCGAUUCACCUGGAUGGCGCGAAGAAGUUGCUUGACGCAGGAAUCCAGAAGAGCUCUACUCUUGAAGCAUUCGUCGAAGAAUUAAUACUAUUCGAGAUAUUUGGUUCUACCUUUGUACCAUCCAACGUUGUCUCCACGUCAAUAACGACGCGAACAUUCUCGGCAACCUCACCUGAAACCAUUUUAUUGUGCAAUAGCUUCGUUUGCCCAGUAGAGCUACUGCAACAGAUUACAUUAGCAACAGCUAAGUCAAGAAUCGCUCGACAGGCAAUGUUAAAUUUGUCCAACGCUGCUGAAUGCACAUCAGCAAUCGAAGAUUUGAAGGCUGAUCUGAUCAAAAUCCAACAAUUCCAUAGCCUGACCUGGGUCGAAAAGGUCAUAUCAGUCACAGGAUACUUGGCAAAUGUAUCGCGUCGAAUUAUCGCCCAGAUGUGCCUCAUUUGGAAAAUAUCAGCAGCGAUAUAUGUAUCCCGUCUACUAUACACCCUCACUGGGGAUGCUCAAUACCUCUCACCUAUUGUUGACGAUUUGAUCAACGCCUUCAUACCUAUACAAAACAAAGUUCAGCUCAAGUUCCUGUUAUGGCCUGCUGUUAUUGCUGGUAUUUCUACCACGAGGCCUGACCAUAGAGCGUGGACACUAUCGACCCUGGACGAGAUAUGGCGCUUGACACACUGCGCGAACGCCAAGGGCGCAGCAAUGGUUCUUAAGAAACUCUGGGAGAUGAAAGAUGCGAGAAUACACGAAAUUGGGGAUGAUCAUGGACGAGACUGGGACUGGCUGUGUGAUAUGUCAACCCUUGAUGGGUAUUGGCUACUUUUCUGA